UCACAAUGUUAAACAGUGUAGUCUCUUUGUCAAAUUCAAUAGGAUAUCUUAUCCAUGCAAAUCUUGAGUUUGAUUACAGCUAUUACUACAACAACUUCUGUGGAGGGAUGUCAAGGGAACAAGUCGCGAAUAAGUUUGAAAAAGAUUUACAAAAUGCCUUAUUCGAUCCAGCUACUAUAAAUCCAGCGGUAACUAAAUGGAUUCAUGAACAAAUUAACUGUGAUUUUCCUUUGAUGAAUGCAAUUGAGGUUGAUGAAUUUUGGAUCUUAUACCAAGAUAAAAAGCAGUACUAUAACAAGCUAAAUCAACAAGCUGAUUAUAAAAAUAAUUUGCAAGAAAUAUACACAAAGAAUAGAGCCUCAAGUUCCAGAAGCGCUACGGCAUCAAAAAGUCCGCAGUCGCUCGCCAAUCAAGUAGAUCAUGAUAUUUAUUUACAAAUACAUAUGUACUGACAAUUUUUAUUAUUCACAGAAUGUUGUUGAAGACGAUAACCUUAUUUUUUUUAACGACCGCUACAUUUCAUCAAUAUUAAAGCCUUAUGGCAAACAGCUAUAUGAAGUUUAUGAAUUGUUGUCAGCUGAAGAGCAAUUGAUUUGCGGCUUCUGUCUUAACGGUAUCCUUGAUCUUAGUAACCAGAAAGAGUGUAGCCAAAAAAAGUUAUUUACAAACGAUCAAUGGGACUAUCUUAUCAAGCACCUUGGAUCAAAAAAAAUGAAAUACCUUCCAAACCUAUCUGAUGCCACAAAAAAGAAAGUAGAAAAGAUAAUAAAGGAAAUCAAGAGCGGACAAGAAGAAGAAGCUUACUACAUUACUAUUGAAAGUAUAAGAGGUGCACAUUCUGCUGAUAAGUGGAUUUUUAAAGUCCUUAGCCAUAUCAUUAACGCGUACAGAGAACGCACAAACAUUUUUACAAAUCCAACCAAUAAAAUUAGCGAACUCGACUUUUUAAUGAAGCUGUGGGGUGAAGUUUUGGAACUUUUGGUUGGAGAUAGCUUUGAACUCUAUGUCAACUGGGGAGAAACGUCAACUGAUACCAUGGCUGCAGUAAAGCGUAUAAACAACGACAAUAAGCCACAUACAGUAGGCUGUAAAGUUGACGGUAGGAUUGUAUGCAAGGUAUCUAAGGUUGUUGACACAUGCCAUGUUGAGGCUGCUAGGGCUUCGUCCAUGUUGUGAUUGUAGUAGCCUUUAUAAUUAAGUUAAUAGAAAUAAAC